ACAUGAUAACAACGGAGAGUAAUCGGCAGAUCAGUUUCACUUCUUCUAAUUGCAGCAGGUGAAUUUAGUCCUCUCGUCGCCUCUCAAUUCUACUGCCGUCCUUGCCAAUUUCUCUGUCUGGGCUGAAGUCUUUUUUCCGAAGCUAUAUAUCUGAAACUGAAUAAGCUAUCAUCUUCAACAUGUAUAUAAAGCAGCUGGGCUGAAGUCUUUUCUGAAGCUAAAUAUCUGAAACUGAAUAAGCUAACAUCUUCAACAUGUAUAUAAAGCAGAUUAUUAUUGAAGGAUUUAAGAGCUAUAAAGAACAAGUGGCUACUGAACCUUUCAGUUCAAAGGUCAACUGUGUUGUUGGUGCUAAUGGAUCUGGCAAAUCAAACUUUUUUCAUGCAAUUCGUUUUGUGAUAAGCGACCUCUUCCAAAACUUGCGGAAUGAUGAUAGGCAUGCUUUUCUCCAUGAAGGUGCUGGCCACCAGGUUUUAUCUGCUUUUGUGGAGAUUGUAUUUGAUAACACUGACAAUCGCAUCCCGGUUGACAAAGAGGAAGUGCGGUUGCGGAGGACUAUUGGUCUUAAAAAGGAUGAGUACUUCUUGGAUGGUAAACAUAUCACGAAAACAGAAGUAAUGAAUUUACUUGAAAGUGCUGGGUUCUCUCGCUCCAAUCCUUACUAUGUUGUGCAGCAAGGGAAAAUAGCAUCAUUGACAUUGAUGAAAGAUGCUGAGCGACUUGAUUUACUCAAGGAAAUCGGUGGGACACGAGUUUACGAGGAAAGGCGGAGAGAGAGUUUGAAAAUUAUGCAAGAAACUGGUAAUAAGAGAAGGCAAAUUAUUCAAGUCGUCCAGUAUUUGGAUGAGAGAUUAAGGGAGCUGGAAGAAGAGAAGGAAGAACUUAGAAAAUAUCAGCAGCUUGACAAGCAGCGAAAGUCACUUGAAUAUACCAUUUAUGACAAAGAAAUUCAUGAUGCUAGACAAAAGCUGUCUGAGAUAGAAGAUGCCCGGAACAAAGUCUCUGAAAAGUCAACCAAGAUGUAUAAUGAUGUUCUGGAUGCACAUGAAAAGUCCAAGGAGUUGGACAAGAAGAUAAAAGAUUUGAUGAAAGAAGUUCAAACUCUAAACAAAGAGAAAGAAGACAUGGAGAAGCAACGGACAAAAGCUAUAAAAAAACAUGCGCAACUUGAACUUGAUGACAAAGAUUUUCAAGAGCGAAUCUCAGGAAAUCUCAGAGCCAAAGAUGAUGCUGUGAGACAGCUUGAGGUUUUACAGAAAGAAAUUGAGGACUCAGUUGAAGAGCUUAAUAAUAUUAGACCUUUGUAUGAAAUACAAGUCAAGGAGGAGGAAGAAAUAACCAAAAAUAUAAUGGAACGCGAGAAAAAGCUUAGCAUCCUAUAUCAAAAGCGUGGCCGUGCGACCCAGUUUGUCAAUCAAGCUGCACGUGACAAAUGGCUCAGAAAAGAAAUUGCUGAAUAUGAACGUGUUCUUUCAACAAACCAAAAUCAGGAGGAAAAGCUUAGAUAUGAAAUUCAGCAACUCCAUACUGAUAUGAAUGACCAAGAUGAAAUAAUUCAGCAACGGAAAACUGAAAUAAAAUCCUUAGAAUCCGUCGUAGCUGGAUACAAAGAAAUAUUCAAACGCCUCAAGUCAGAUAGAGACAAGCUACAGGAUGAACGAAAGUCCUUGUGGGGAAAAGAAAAUGAGCUAUCCACUGAGAUAGAUCGUCUUAAAACAGAAGUCGUGAAAGCAGAGAAGAGUCUAGAUCACGCCACUCCAGGAGAUAUUAGAAGAGGACUGAAUUCUGUGAAAAGAAUAUGUAGAGAGAAUAACAUCGGUGGUGUGUUUGGACCAAUCAUUGAAUUGCUUGAAUGCGAUGAAAAGUUUUUCACUGCUGUUGAAGUAACUGCUGGAAACAGUUUAUUUCAUGUGGUGGUGGAAUCAGAUGAUGUAUCAACCAAGAUUAUUAGACAACUUAAUGCAUUGAAAGGCGGACGAGUUACUUUUAUACCAUUGAACAGGGUGAAGGCUCCACAUAUCAGUUAUCCUCAGAGCUCUGAUGUUAUACCUCUCCUAAAGAAACUCAAGUUCUUGCCUGAAUAUUCUCCAGCUUUUGCACAGGUGUUUUCUAGAACAGUAAUUUGCAGAGACUUGGAUGUGGCUACAAAAGUUGCUCGAGUUAAUGGUUUGGAUUGCAUAACAUUGGAAGGUGAUCAAGUCAGCAAAAAGGGGGGUAUGACAGGCGGGUUUUAUGAUUACAGGCGUUCAAAGCUCAAGUUCAUGAAUAUCAUAAAACAGAACACAGUGACCAUCAACAAGGAAGAAACUGCGCUCGAACUGGACAGAAUUAACCUACAGAAUAUUGACCAGAAGAUUGCAGAACUUGUUGCUGAACAGCAAAAACAUGACGCUAAAUAUGCUCAUGAUAAAUCUGAACUGGAACAACUAAAGCAUGAGAUUGCUAGUGCGGAUAAGCAGAAAGAAUCCAUAGUUAAAGCUCUUGAGAAAAAGGAAAAGUUGCUAGCUAAUAUAGAGGCUCAAAUUAGCCAACUCAGAGCUAAUAUUUCCCUGAAACAAGAUGAAAUAGGAACUGAGCUUGUUGAUCAUUUAACCCCCGAGGAACGAAGUCUGCUGAAACGGUUGAAUCCUGAAAUAACUGAGUUGAAAGAGAAACUUAUUACUUGCCGGACUAAUCGCUUAGAGACUGAAACGAGAAAAGCAGAGCUUGAAACUAAUCUAUCAACUAAUCUCGUGAGGCGAAAACAUGAGCUGGAGGCAGUAAAAGCAUCUGCAGAAGUUGACACAGUGCAUGUUGAAGCCGAAGUAAAGAGACAGGAAUUAACUGAUGCAAAAUUACUUGUUGAUACGGUUACUUUGCAGCACAAAAGAGUUGUUGAAAAUGUGGAAGAUAUCACUAGGCAACUCACAAGGAACAGAGAUGAAAAGAAUAGAUUAAAGACUUUGGAAGAAAACUACCAAAGGGCAAUCCAAGAUGAAGCUAAAGAACUGGAGCAGUUACUUAGUAGAAGAAAUACUCUUCUUUCUAAACAAGAAGAGUAUUCCAAAAAAAUCAGGGAUCUGGGUCCAUUGUCAUCAGAUGCUUUUGAUACGUACAGAAGGAGAAACACAAAAGAUUUGUAUAAAAUGCUUCAUAAAUGCAAUGAUCAACUGCAGCAGUUCAGUCAUGUAAACAAGAAAGCUCUUGAUCAGUAUGUAAACUUCACGGAGCAGCGUGAAGAGCUCCAAAAAAGGCAGGCCGAACUGGAUGCUGGUGACGAGAAAAUUAAGGAGCUUAUUUCUGUUUUGGAUCAAAGGAAAGAUGAAUCAAUUGAACGUACUUUCAAAGGUGUUGCUAAGCAUUUCCGUGAAGUAUUUGCUGAACUUGUGCAAGGUGGCCAUGGGUAUUUGGUUAUGAUGAAGAAAAAGGAUGGUGAGCCUGAUGAUGAUGAUGAUCACGAUGAAGAUGGGCCCCGUCCUACUGAUAUGGAGGGAAGAGUUGAGAAAUACAUUGGCGUUAAAGUAAAGGUCUCAUUUACCGGACAGGGAGAGACACAGUCAAUGAAGCAGCUCUCUGGUGGUCAGAAAACAGUGGUAGCAUUGACAUUGAUAUUUGCUAUACAGCGAUGUGAUCCCGCUCCUUUUUACCUCUUCGAUGAGAUAGAUGCUGCAUUGGACCCUCAGUACAGAACUGCUGUCGGAAAUAUGAUCCGUCGUUUGGCAGACAGCCACAAUACACAGUUCAUUACCACAACUUUCAGGCCCGAACUAGUGAAGGUUGCAGACAAGAUAUAUGGGGUGACGCAUAAAAACAGGGUGAGCCGUGUGAAUGUAGUGGGAAAAGACGAAGCUAUAGAAUUUAUCGAGAAUGACCAGUCUCACAACAUGGAGUGAAGAAGUUAGUUAUGUUAUUAUUGUUAGUCUCUAAUAUAUUAAACUUCCCUUUGUCUGUCAAAGACUUGAGUUUUAACAUAGGUGAAUCAAACUGUGAAAUGCUUUCUUACUCAAAUCAUGUUAGAUUUUACUUUAAUGUUGAUGUUGAUUUUAGGUUUUCAUG